UCCCUAACAGCUGCAUGUCGUUCUCUACACUGCUCUUGCACUUGGUAGCGCUCUUCCAUUGUCACGCAGUUUGCUGAACUUGGACGGGGUAUGCGCGCAGACGCGUGUCAUUUGACGUAGAGCCUGCGCGACGUGAACGCAGCCGGUAUUUCCAGUCGGGCUGCAGUCAGUGCGCACCUUGUCCAGAUUUGUUGAAUCGUUCUUCUGGUAAAGAGAUGGAGCAGGACAGCUCAGAAGAGGCCAUGACAGAGUUCAAAGAGAGGACUCUAGGGGGGUGGGGUCUCCUGCAGAUCACCGCCGGCACCGGAUUGGCUGUUUACACAGUGUGGGCGGGGAUUAUCAUGCCAGGGUUCCGAAGAGUUCCUUUGAAGUUGCAGGUGCCCUAUGUCCCGGCCAGCCAUGCCCAGGUGCGGAGUGUAAUGACUCUGCUUCAGGGGCGCUCUGGAAACAUUGCAGACCUGGGCUCGGGGGACGGCAGGAUUGUGCUGGAGGCAUACAGGCAGGGUUUCCAGCCCGUGGUGGGCUAUGAGCUCAACCCCUGGCUCAUUCGCCUCUCCAACUUUCAUGCCUGGAGAGCCGGGUAUUCUGGGAAGGUGUCCUUCAGACAGGAGGACCUCUGGAAGGUCAGUCUAGCUGAAUGCAGGAACGUCACUGUCUUUUUGGCACCUAGUGUGCUCCCCCUCUUGCAGGAGAAGCUGCUCUCGGAGCUGCCCCUGGAUGCUCUGGUGGUGGCGGGCAGAUUCCCCUUCCCAGGCUGGGCACCGUGCCGCACAGAGGGGGUGGGAGUCCACCGAGCCUGGGCCUACAACAUCCAGGCACUGCGGCAAGCAGCGAGGAACCAGGACCAGGGAACGCCCGUCUAGGGUGGCACUGCUUGGACGACCCGCCACCUCUGAGGGCGUUGGCUGGGGUCGACCAGUCCAAUACAGCCGGACAAUGGAUGCAACCACAGGAGCAAGUGUGGUGUCAGAUACAGCCUCCUUUACACUCACUACCAUUGGGACUGUAGCAUGUGGUUAUAAUGAUGGUGAAGAGGGUAGUUGCACUUUGCAUAUUCAGGGUAACUUCUGUCCCCUAAAAUUAUGUUUUAAGCUUUUUUUUCUGCUUUUAUCAGAUUUAUAUGAUUGUGUUUUAAAUUUAUGGAUUAGAUUGUUUUAAAAAUUGUACAGAUAAGAUUGUAACUAUGUUUGAUUUAAAUGUGUUUUUUUGGGGGGGGGGGUUGUCAGAAAAGUAAUAUAUUCAGCUUUCCAUUAUAAUUUCAAGUUGUUAGGAAUCAGGAGUGGUUUCAGUUCAUUAAUUAAAUCUGUGAAAAGCUGAAAAAUAGUGGUAAGAAUCUUGGACUGCAGUAAUGAUAAUCGCACAGCUAAAACUUCAGGGCAUCCCUGACAUUAAAUCUUCAUGGAUAGCUGUAUCCUACCAAAACUACAAUAGUGAAUGAAUACUUUAAAUAUGGGUAAUGGCUGUCAAAUACAGCAUUGCUUAUAUUAUUGAUAGUGUUAUGUGCACAAUGUGUUUUCAUUUUGUCGUUUUCAUUUAAUCUGUGAACCGGAGCAUGUGAACAAACGGUUAUUCAGAUAUCUUUGAAGUCUUGUAUGAUAUGGAAUUCUGGCAAUAGUCUACACGAAACAUGUAAUAGACUUUUACAUUACAACCCAUAUCUAAAAUCCCAGGACAAAGACUGCAGUAUCAGGAAAUUGUAUUGGACAGUGGUGUGUGUUAAUUAAAACUGACUUAUUCUAUUAUAUUUAGUUGAACUAAAUCUUUAACUUAAUCUUGUGUGAUUUAAUUGAUUUCGACUCCAAAACCUAAAAAGCAAAAGUUCACAUCUUUUAUUACUUGGGUAAUAAAUAUGCAUUAGUAUAUUUUAGGGUUGGAACAAUAAUCAGUAAUAUCGAUAAUCACGAGAAUUGUUUUGCAGCGAUCCCGUUAAUCAUAUUGAUAUUCAUAUUUCCUGUCCGUGACCCAAUGAAGCAGGAAGCGGCACUGCAUUGAGCAGUAUGCGGCACCGAACUGUGCGUGAGGCGCAAAACGUGGUCUGUGUGAGCACUGCGUACAUCGGGAAGUCAAGUACUGAUUUUAAACAAUAUGCUUGGGCUUUUAACUUUACUUCAUGGUUUCAAUUUCAUAAUACGUUGGCAAAGCAUGACUGGUUUUCUAACAUAUAAAAAAUAUAUAUUGUUUGUAAAAUUGAAAAAAACGACAAAACAACCAUAUGGCAAACGUUUAAUAUAGCCUAAACAACUUGCUUCUUUAUUUUAACCAGCUUUAAACUACAGUAAACCAUGCGUACUAUACUGCAGCCUGUGCACCACAUGGGGGAAAAUAAGCUCAUAUAUAUAUAUAAACUGAUUUCCCUGUUGUAAUAAAAGUCUUAUUGUGCAAAUUGAAUGUUAUUGAUUAUUUUGUUAACUUUAAUUAUACAGGGCGAUUUCAUAGAUUGCACAAUAUUGUCGGAGCAUCGCAAAAGCUGCAUCGUUUAUGGAUCAUAUCUUGCAUGUACAGCCUUUUCGCACUCGGGCACGUUACCCACUCCACUCCACGCUCCUAGCAAAAUGGUCCCGCUCCGCUCACAUGCUCUGCUGGGCACCCACCAGCAAUGUAAAAACUUGGCGCAUACACUGUCUAGUUUCUUCUUCUAAACGCAGUCACUUAGACUGGCGGUUGUCAUGCUGCUCAAGUAUAAGUUUGAUAAAUUACAAUAAUUUUUAAUGCUUUAUUUAUUUGACCGAUAAAUCACGAUUAUUGUGAUAAUGUACAGACGAUAAUUGGCAGCUGAAAAUGUCAUUAUCGUCCAACCCUAACAUGCUUUUGAAAUGGUCUGUACUUAAAGUAACAUUGGGUGAUUUUAAGGUUACCAAGAUGUUAUUUUUGUUGCUUUACCUUCCUAUGCCAGCAGAACAUGUAGAUUCCUGAACAGAGAGGUCAUUUUAAACCGAUAGGUCAUUUUAAUGUUAAGAUGUAAAAAAGUGCCUGUAUUCUGCACUCCACUGCUUUCUUUUAUCUCAGAUUUGUUUUUAAAUAUAUUUAUGAUUUUAGUGGGUUGCACAGUGUGUUGGUAAUGUAAUAUUUGUAUUUCUAUGGGUACUGUAUUUACAAAUAAAACAGUUUUAACUUUU